CUUCCACCUCUAGAAGAAUAGAAAAAAAAGCAAAACUUUAGAUUUUUUAUUGUUGUUAAAAAUCGCUAAUUUGAGAUAAUCAAAGUCACAUAAUCGCUGUCUUAUUUAUAGCUAUACGCUACUUAACUUUUAUUGCACUUGGAAAAUCAGAGCCAGAAUGUCCCAGGGUCCAGGCACUCCAGCGGGCGGUAAUCCCGGCACAUUGCAAGGCUCUGGCGGGGGUGUAAUCUUUAAUAAAGUGUUCAUCCAGAGGGACUAUAGCGAAGGUACCUCAGUAAAAUUCCACACAAGGCUUCCCACAGAAUUGGAUGGUAUGAUUGAACGACAAGUCUUCGAGGCCACAAUCAAUAGGCUAAACGAAUUUUAUGCCGAGGCGGAAGAAGGAUCGUGCGGCACCUAUUGUGAAGGCUGUAUAGGAUGUAUAACAGCAUACUUGAUCUACAUGUGCUCCGAGACACAUUAUGAAAAGACUCUACGUAAGAUAUCGAAAUUUGUUGCUUCCCAAAAUGAGCGCAUUUACAAUCCAAAGGGUCUACAGUUAAUUGAUCCAACAUUUCGUGGUCUUCGCGUCAUAGAGAUUACAAUCUUCGAUCGCCCGGGGCGAACGUGACUUCCGCUUUCGCAUUCGGCCAAUGAGUUUUUCAUGUAAUACACAUCAAGAAGAGUUAGAAAUCCGUUUCAAACAGAGUUUAAUCAAGCAAAAAGUCAAAGCCAUUUUGUGUGUGUCUCCCCUCCCCGGAAUCGGUGUCUGUGUGUGGGUGUAUGCGUGUGCGUGUGUAUGUGGGAUCAGCUAAAAAGCUUUAUAAUCUACAAUAAUGCGUGAGUAUAAGUAUGCGUAUGUUCAAUUUAAAUUUGCAACUUACAAUUACUUAUCUCACUAGCUCGACGCGUUUUUUGGUGGGGCAAGCGACUUAGUCAUAAGUAUUAAAUGUGCUGGAUAAACAUACAUGCCUACAUACGUAUAGAUAUUUAUAUAGCUAUAUCGUUGAUGUAUUUAGUCAUACACACACACACAUUAACAUAAUUACAAGUUAUUACAAUUACAAUUAGCAAAGGCAGGGUUACAUACAUACAUACAUAAAUAGUUACACCAAGUUAGUUAUUAAGUAAAUAAGUGAAACUGCAUUUUCAGCUUAACCGCAUACUGUCAUACAUUGAUUGUAUACACAUUUUCAUAUGUUAUUGUUCUCUUUUUAUAUUACAACUAGAUUUGUUUACAUUUUUAUUUUUUAAUUGUCUAUUAAAAUGUUUUUUGUCUAA